AUGAAAAUAAUAAAAUUGGACAUUUUCUUGUGGAGACUUAAACGUGUCAAUAAAAUUGCAGUUAGUAAUGCUACUUGUUUUAACAUAUUAACAACUGCUUUACCUUAUAGUGUUUGUAAUGACUGUAGCACAAAGAUUGCAAAAGAUUUAAUUUACAACAAUCAGCAAUCUAUGUCAAAUAAUGUUAUAAUUAAACAUGGUUCAAAAAUACAGAAUUUUCUGUAUAUAUCUCAUCCUCGUAUUGUUUCUCAUGCAAUGUUAUAUAAUGAAAGGAAACACGGUGGAUAUAAAUCAUAUCGCAGUAGUCAGUAUAAUAACAUUAGAUAUCUUUCAAAUACUGGUAUUGAUUCCGUUGCUGAAGUUAAAGUUCCAAUGCAGUUUAAUGGCCUAUUCAAAGCAAUAUCUGAAAGUGCACCUAUUAAAAUCUCACAAGAUUUCUUAUUGUUGGUACAUGAUUAUACAGGUUUACCAUGGUGGUCAGUCAUUGUACUUUCCACCAUUAUGAUGAGAACAGCAGUGACAUUACCAUUAUCCUUGUAUCAGCUAUAUAUAUUAGCAAAAUUGGAAAACCUCAAAUACGAAAUGGAUGAGAUAGUUCAAGAGAUGAAAAAAGAGAUAAAUUAUGGCAUACAUAAAUAUAAUUGGUCUAAACAAUAUGCGAAACGUUUAUACAAUCACUCUGUAGCUAAACAAUGGAAUAAAUUAAUUGUUCGAGAAAAUUGCCAUCCAGCUAAAACUAUUUUAUUGGUACUAGUGCAAGUACCUUUGUGGAUAUCGUUAUCAAUGUCUAUUAGAAAUUUAUGUUAUAUGUUACCUAAACAGGAUGCUAAUGCUUACAUUACUUAUCAGGAAUUUAUAACUGAUGGAUUUCUUUGGAUGUCUAACUUAACAACAGCAGAUCCAUUUGUACUUCCUAUAUCAAUGGGAUUAUUCAAUUUAGCCAUAAUAGAAAUAACUUGUAUGAGUAGGGUAGUAGAGUCGACAAAAUGGCAGAGAUACUUGACCAAUUGUUGUAGAAUUGCUACAAUUGGAAUGAUCCCUAUCGCUAUGUCUGUACCAUCUUGUUUGAGCUUGUACUGGGCAACUAGUAGUGCAUUUGGUCUUUUCCAAAAUCUCAUUUUGUUGUCUCCAAAAUUACGUCGUUUUGCAAAAGUACCUAUAACUACUUCUGAAUCACCACAUCCAUACUUGAUAUUGCGUAAUAAGAUAGCAGCUAGAUGUUGUUUCAAAGGAAAAAUGGAAAUUCCACCAAAGAUAUAA